AAGAAAGGAAAUCGCUAAAGUACGAAGCAAAUGAGUAAACAAAUGUAAAUAAGAAGAUAUAGAAGUACAGUAUAAACGAAAUCAAGAAUAAUUAUAGAAUAUCUAUGUAUUUAUACAUGUGUGUGUAUGUGUGUGUGUGUGUGUGUAAUGCAAUGUAUAUAAUAUGUAUGAUACAUAGUAAUAUGUGAUAUACAAAGUUUAUCCAAAACUUAUCCGCCAACGCUCCUGCGAAGAUAGAAGAACGGAUUAACCCCUUGCCGUACAGAGACGAAUGAGACUCGUGCUUACGGAAUCCGGGCCGAACAGGAAAACCACGAGUCAGACUCGCGGUGCCGAUUGCGAGGCAAACAUAAAGCGAUCGCAAGAUGUUUCUUCCGUACCGUUUCGCGAGCGAGGCUCCUCACUACGGCCCGCGUGAUGCCAAACUAAUUCGUACAAGGGCAAGUGGUUAAACUAAGCAGAAGUUAUAUGUCAUUUUGAGAAUGUCGCAAUAAUUAAUGAGUAAUUGAUCAAUCAAUCUGAGCGAGCGAGCGCGGGAAACCGGAGGGUGGACUUUGUAGGCAUGCGCAAAGAAUGGCUUGCAAUUGUUAAGGAAAAUGGCUUAUUUUUGAGGAUCUCCUAACAAUGAUGAACAACAGCUGAUUUCGAGGGACAACAUAGCGAGCGGCGUGUGACAUAGGAUCGCGCACUAGAAUUUCCACACCACCUUGCGGUAGACAGUAUGGUAUGUUUUGUUUACAGCGGUUUCCCCACUAGGCCUAAUCCACUUUCAUUUCAACCAAAAACUAUUCCAAGUAUUCCGUCCUCUCUCUUUCUCUCUCGUAUGUAGAAUUCGGCCUUUCGAAUAACAUUGCAUGUUGCAUGGUACGCGACGUCCGUAACGGUAUCGAAGGCCGCGAUAAUAAGGCAUGAAAAUUUAUAAUAAAUAAAAAUACAGACUCGUGCUGAAUUGUACCUUGAAUUCUCGCUCAAAUGAAUCAUCACGUUCUUAUUUCGAUCUUUUCUUUCCGAAAAGUCGUUCUAUGCGGGGUUGCAGACGAUUCUCUUGAUCACGAAUAUUUUAAGUACAUGACGAUUUUUUCCGUAUUUUAGACAUAAUUUGGGAGAUGCUUUUGCGCACGACAGGCUUUCCGCGAGAGAUUUCCACCGUGAGAAAAGGAAUACGAUGUUCAUAUAAUAUAAUUAAAAUUUAGUUAUGAGAUCUAGUUUUUAGACGUGGAAAUUAAUCCUUUCUUCCCGUGCAGCCAGUCCUUAAUAUGUCGCAUAUUUGCCGGCGAAAAUGAGGAGGAGCAUCGUCGAGGAAAAUUAACUCUCGUUUCCCGUCGAGGAGCAUGUCAGCCGGAACUAGCAAAUAGUUAUUUAAAAAAUCCGCGUAAAUUUCAGCGUUUACACACAGCGGAAAGAAAUGCGAACCGAUUUGAAAAUUGUUGACGGAAAAAUUGAGAUCAAACAAUGACGUCUAUCAUCAUGACAUCACGGAUGGUAGUGUUUGAUAAGUUCAUGCUAUCAACGUUGCCGCUUUCGAGGUGGUGUGUUGAUAGCGUUGCGGUAGCGUUAGCGUUUUUGAAGAACUAGAGAUUUGAACUAGAGAUGUUCACAUAGAGGAAAAUCGACUUGGUAAAGUCGAUUUUCUAAAAAAAUCGAUUCGGAAUCGAACAUCCUUACUAAGGACGUUCGAGCAGAAAAGAAUCGAUUUUCGUGAAAAAGAAAAAAAAUCGAUUCAAAGCCGGACAUUCCUAUUCUAAACGCUAUCGGUCUGUUUGUUCAUGUUGUUUGCACUUUUGGCAUUCAAUCUCCUCGCUUUUGCUUCUUUCGGCGUCCGGAUAAUACGAAAGGCAACACGAACAAGCCAAGCAAUAACAGUGAAUAAAUACAUGGCGGCCAUCUGUAUUAUAGAAAUAGUGCUGUGAUGAUAAUUAUGAAUCUAAAACAUUUUUUUAUCUAAUCACGAUGAGAGGAACUGUGCGUGUCGAAGUAAAUCUUUACGAUGCUAAUAGCGAAUAGAAAUUAAAAAUUAUACUCUCUGCGGCUGGGCCUUUCAAAUACAAACCGGUAAAUUGCAUAUAUUAGGUUAUGCACGUGCUAUCUUUCUAAUCGCGGCAUUAUUCGAUUAUUAUUCUUUCUAUCGUUUACACAAUUAUGAGAAGCGCACGCGGAAAAGCGUAUAUAAAGUAUUAUUUAAUUUUCAAAUUUAUUUGAUUUUCACGAGCAUCUCUAUUACGAGCUCAAUCACAAGCAUCUCUAAGGAGCGUCUGCUACGCUAAAGGCCGAAGCACAAAUUUCUGCACAAUGUAUAACAUAUGUGAGGCAUAAGAGAAGCAAUUAAUCAGAGUCCUUAAUUUCCAUCCUGGAGAUAGAAACGGAGAAUUUUUGUCGGUUCAUUUCAUUAUGCAUCAUGCAAAAGUCGCCACUCUUCGACGCUAAAAUUGCGCUAUUGUUGUUCAUGUAGCUCGCAUACGCUAUUUUGGGCUCCGUGAACGGAGUCGCAUUAAUAGCGUUAGCGUUGAUGGCGCAGUACAGCGAGUUCACUGAACCUUGGUUCCCUAUCAUAUAUCGACUUCCGCCCAUAUAUCGACUAUCGAUGUUGGGAAGAAGUUCUCGCGGACGAUGCGCGUUUGUCUUUCGUCUAACGAUCGUUAGUUGUCAAUUGUUUCUGCCUGCGCUCAUACAUACGACGUACAUUCUGUUAUUUUAGAGUGUGUUCCGUGUAUUCACUGCGAGUUCUGAUGCCGUAACGUCAUGUAAAUAUAACGCUCCCAGCGUUCCGUUUUAAUUUCGCGUGCUUUCAAAGUGUUGGAGGAUUAUAAACGGAACAUUAUCACGGUACACUUUCUGCUCAGUUUCAGAUUUCAGCUGAAGCCUGUUUUAUCCUGUCCUUCCGAUCAUUCUAAUUCUAAUGUAACUGUUACAUCGCACACGCUUUAGUAUCUCCGGCAUCUAUCAAGGUGAUUAAACGCAGAAGUAGCCCUCUUGUACUGCGACUACUUCACCUCGCCGGCUGCGGUAAUCUCAACAGGAAGCGACAUUAAAAUCAGACGUCAUACGGUUUGUAGCAAUACUUUCGCAAUGUAUAUCAUAUGCAACUCAUAUCGCAACGGGUCCGCAAUAUUAACAAUACUCGCAGCGAAUAACGGAACUCAGUCGCUUACGGUCAGUCACAGGACAGUUGCGAUACUUUUCCUCUUCGUUGAGUUUUGCAACGCUUCUCGCGUUCAAUAGGGAAAUGUAUCUCCUGAGAACUAGUAAAAAAAUGACUUUUCUUAUUGGACACGGGAUGCGUUCGAAGUUUAUAGAAAAAACAAGUGCUGCAACCGUCCUGUGAUUCGGCUCGUACAUCAUACGAACUCACGCAAGUGUCCGCGACGCUGACAAUGAGGUUUGCUCUACAGGAAUGUGCAGACGUGCGUGGACAUGCAAAUAUGAUUAUAGCUGACGAGCAAGCGAAGGAGAAUACGUGUGUCGCGGCUCGAAUCUAUGCGGAACGAUUUCCCAGAUCUGCGCGGCGACCUGAAACACGCGUGAUUUUAGGCGCGGUACGAGACUUAAGCGAGACAAGAUCCUUCGUACGAAACAACAGUCGAGCAGAGGACGUGUCAGUGCAGGGUCCUGUUGGAGACGAUGAAAAAAGAAUUCUUCAAUUCGUACUCGAAAACCCAGGCACCAGCGUGCGUCGUUUGGCUUACAAACUCGGCUUGGCGAAACGCGUGGUGUAUCGCACUUUGCGUGCAAAUGGGCUGCUGUACUCAUUUCAAAUACGCCAGCUUUUGUCAUAUGACCAGCAAGAAAAACGCGUCUACUUUUGUCAAGGCUUCCUCGCGCAGUAUCGGCGGGAUGCAUCUUUCCCCGACAAAAUCUUAUGGAGCGGCGAAACCAACUUCACACCGAACAACAUAUUGAAUAAAGGCCAUUUCCCCUAUCGCGAAGAAGAGAAUCUGCAAAUCGACCGUUGUAAGGAGCCUUCGCAGCAUCAAUGGUCGAUCAACGUAUGGGCGGGAAUGGUCGGGAAUCAAGUGAUCGGUCCGCAUUUCCUACCGCCACUUGUGAAUGCUACAAUUUACGCGGACUUUUUAAACAACCAUUUGCCGGCUCUCCUGUCUGACGUGCCCCUCGAUGUGAGACGAGAGUUGAUUUUCCAUCACGACGGUCCUCCUCAGUGUCAUUUUCACCGACAAGUACGCGACAUAUUAAACAUGCGUUAUCCGGAUAGAUGGAUAGGCCGUGGUGGUCCAAUCACCUGGCCGGCACAGUCGCCGGACCUUAACGUCCUACACUUUUUCUUAUGGCGUUAUGUGGAAGAUCUGAUCAAACAACGGUGUAACAGUACAGAGAACGAAGUACGCGAUGCUAUCACUGCGGCCUUCGAUAAUAUUACGCCCGAUAUUGCGUGUCGUGCAACGCGCGAUAUCAUACGAAGGGCCGAUCUCUGCAUACGAGAGAGAGGACGGUACUUUGAAUAGUUUUUGGAUUAAACAAGAGCGGAUUGGAUCUACUGGGGAAUCCACUAUAAACAAAACGCACCAUGCUAUCUACCACCGCAAGGUGGUGUGGAAAUGAUAGCGCGCUGUUACUUUCCUGCCGCAACAGACGUUACGAGAUGAUUAUCUUUCGGCACGCAACCCUUUAUCACAUGCCACGUGCCA